UUAUAUAUGUACAUUACGAUUGUAUGCAUGUGUAGAAUCCUGUGCGCGGCUAUUCUCCGACAGCUGAUUCACUCGAUUGUUUACCGGAAAAAAACAUGAACGAUUGUUUGCAAUAACAGUGGGACGAUACUUUGCUCAUCGGUGAAAAUUACGCUAGAGAUUCUGUUCAAAUAUGGGAUGCUGCUACAGUUUCUGUAAAGAGGACAACGGUCCCCAGAGUGGAGAAGCGAACGAAAGAACGCAUCUAUUAGUAGAUCCUGUCAGCAAUAAUACAAACAUACCAAGAGUAAAUAGUGAUGAUUAUGUUAAUCAAUACGCAAGCUCCGUGCCUAAGAAGACAGAUGAACAGAGUGCAUUAAAUAGAAUUUUACAUGAAACUGCAGCCAAUGUUAUAGAUGUGGGUGCAUUAGACACACAUAAUUUAGAGCAGCACGAAUACAUGGAUAGAUCUCGUGCAUAUUCAAGAAGAAUAGAAUCAGGUAGAAUUAAACUUCCUGAAACUGCAUCUUGCCUACUUAAAGAUAUACCUGCUCCGGAACGAAUAUUAGCAGCUGAUCCACUUGCUGUGGAAGAUCAAGAAUUGAUUACAGAGAUGCUCAUCAAGGCUGUGACAGCAUUAAGCGAUGUAAAAGUCGAACACAAGGAAGAUUUGGUUGUUCCAUUUCUGUCGUGAUCGUUAAGUGUUUCCCCAGCUAAUUUAUAAUCUCAUCCCAUUUGAUUGGAAUUUUGACAUUAUUAUUCGGCAUCGAAAGAACGUAUAUUUAUCUCAAAUAAAUCGACCUAAACUCGGAUUAAUUCUAGCUGUCGUUAAAACAAAGCAUUGAUUUUAAUAGGUAAGAUGUAUUAUAAAAAAUGUUACAUACUAUUAUUGUUUCAUUAAUAAUGGCUUUAUAUUUAUCGAAUAGAUACGUGCUUUUCUCUUUUACUCUUAAGAUUUAAAAUAGUACGAUGUGCAUGAAUUUUU